AUGUCAUGGCAGGCUCUCACCUUUCAGCCUGAGCUGCCGCUCUAUUGCACACCGACAAACGACUUCCUGACCCGCUUCUCGAGUACAUUUCACACAUGUGUGCCGACUCCUCUGGCUUUCAUAUCGACACUAUUGGGCACCCUCUCUAUCGUGUCAUGGCUGUUCGCACAGAUGCCGCAAAUAUAUAAGAACUACAGGAUUAAGAGCACGUCUGGUCUGUCUAUCUUCUUCCUAGUAGAGUGGUGUGCAGGAGAUGUCAGCAACCUCCUUGGGGCCGUCUUCACGAAGCAGGCAACAUGGCAAAUGAUAGUAGCAGGGUAUUAUUGCCUUGUAGACUUUAUGCUUGUCGCUCAGUGGAUUUGGUACGAGCGUCUACGACACGGCUACAGGAUUCGACAGAUGUGGCCGGACACAGAUGGCACUGACCGAUCUGGCCGAGGUCAAGAGAUGGUCAUCGAGGGUAUGCCGGCAAUGAGUCGUGAGAACACGUUUGAGAGGAUCAACAGUCCGGAAAGAAAGAGCUCGGCCAAGGAUAUCAAUACGACUGGUAACGGAAAAGCAAGCAUGUGGCGCAUGCCAGUCUUUGGGGAUGUCGAGAAGUACGGUUCGCCCAGGAGCCCACGUGCCAUCAAUCGCGUCCAGGCUUCUUCUUCCUUCCAGUCACCGUCUCCUCGCACCGUGCUGCUGUUGGCUUGCUUGAUCUCUCUUGCCCACGCAUCACCAUUGGAGUCUUCCAUUCACCAUCCUCAACAUCACGAGCCUGUUAGCAAAGUUUCGGGUCUGGCGGCCGCUGGUACUGUUUUCUCCUGGCUGUCGACACUCUUAUAUUUGGGCAGCCGGCUACCACAACUUUACAAGAACUGGGCCAGAAAAUCGACUGCAGGCCUUAGUGCUCACCUAUUCAUCGCCGCGUUCUUUGGAAAUCUCUUCUACAGUACUAGCAUGCUUACGAACCCUAAUCUCUGGGCCGAUGCACCUGCUCACGGCUUGCAUGGCUGGGUUGAGAGUACACCCAAUGUCCGUUAUGACUGGCUCAUGCGUGCUUUGCCAUUCUGGCUUGGUGCGGCCGGUGUGCUUGUCAUGGAUGCGGCCGUCGGUGUGCAAUUCCUCAUGUACGGCGAGAGUGAAGAUUCGAAGGUUGUCGUACUGGAAGAAUCUGGUGUUGAGAACUGGCGCUGGCGAAGAGUUAGUGGCUGGAUGCGCGGCUGGGUGCCUAGUUUCGGUGAGCCUGUUGGCAGAUCGGACAAUGGAAACGAGAGGGACUCUCUGCUUCCUCACACAUCGAACCAGGAUUACGGAGCUGCUGCUAGAGUAUGA